AUGGAGUUUCUUUCUCAAUUUUACAAUGAUGAUUCCUAUCGGGAGUACCUGGAUGCUAGUCCGUGUUUUUCGCUUGCGGUACUCAGUCGCAAAAGGCUUCGGAUUGCUGAGGGGUUAUUCCGUUUCUUUGACUCACACACGCGUUUUAGGGUAAAUUACUAUUCAGAUCUGCAGUCUCUUUUCGCCAAGGGUGUGGAGAGCAGUUUGCCCUUAGAAGCUUCAGGUGUACUGAAGAGCGCUUGGUGUUCAAAGCACUGUAAGUUAAGGUGUAGUUGUCUUCUUGUUUGCUUGGACUGGGACCAGUUGGGAGAGACGGCGAUAGAUGAGGUUUGGUUGUCUGGUGUUUCUAGUCAGUUAAAAGAAUAUACACGCUCUUUCCGUAGCAAAGUCAUUAUUGCACUGACUACCGAAAAUGAAAUUCGAAACAGUGCAAACGCCACAGCGCAAUUGGAAAAGCUUCAGUACAAUAUGAAAAUGUUUCUUGGUCAUGACUUUAAGAGCGUUUUGCCCCUGUUCGAAUUGGGAAUGGAGAAGGAGAGUGCCGAAAAACUUUUUGAAAUGGCGUUGGAAUUAGCUAGAAAGUAUCAUACGGAUGAGGUUUUACGUUUAAAGAAUUUCAAACUUGAGCCGAGUUAUUCUUUGGUGCGACGUGAUUUUAAAAUAGGAUGGCAUUCCCUUGUUUUGAAUGAUACAAAAUCGGCCCAAAAAUAUUUUGAAAGUUCGUAUAGAAUACUAAGAAAGCUAGCUCCACCUUGGCCAGCGAUGGAGUUACGUGCCUGUGGCACCCUUCUUCUUCUUCGGGUAUUAUACAGUGGUUCUUUAGAAUCGACUAUUUCAUCAGAUGAUAUCUACUGUCGACUUGUCGAGGACCAUAUUAUGUGGAUUGGGAAGGCUCUUCGUUGCGGUUCCUCUGAAGUUAAGCAUAUGGCUAGAUUUGUUCGGCUAUUAAUUGUGGGGGAAUGCUAUGAAUGGUUGGUGCGAAAUUGCCUUUAUUUGUCUGCCGAGACUCGAAGAGAUUAUCUUGUUGCAGCAACAGGUGCGUUUGAGGAGGCUACUGAAAUAAGCCAGUCACGUAAUUCCCUACAAGAGCCAACGGUUGCUCCUGUAUUUGUUGGUACAGAAUGUUACCUUGGCACCCACAAGUUUAUUUUCUGUAGUGAAACUUGCAUCAAAGCUUUGCAGUUACGUGUGAAGAAUCUACUGAGCGAACUUGAAUCAGAGAGUAGUUUAUGUCUGGACGCGCUGUAUAUUUCUUUCGGAGCUUAUAUCAACCUUCAAGCAUGGGAACAGGUAUUUUUUUGUAUGGAAAAUUUUCGGCAACGACGUAUAGGAACUUACAGGGAAGCGGAGUUUGCUCACAAACUUUGGAUCUCUGUCAUGAACUCCACUAGCGGCAAACUCAUCGAACAGAAUCGAGAAUAUAUUCUCUUUUCUUUGGUGUCACUCUGUUUUGGACCUGCCGUGGACGGGGUACAAAGGCAUUAUAUGCAAAAAUUUCUGGAUUUGGUGAGGCAGAAUGAAUUGAAGCAGGUUAAUCUAUCCUAUCCUAGAAGAGGGCAUUUUGCACCCUUCACAGUAUUGUGCAAUUUUCAGUGUGAUCAUCAUGUGUGUGCAACUCCAACGGAACUAUAUAUUACACUUUUUACCGCUUCUGUUGAAGGCAUUAUUUUGGAUGCGCUUUCUGUUACCGUUUCGAGGUUGUCUGGUGAUGGGACAGAGAGUGCCAGUACAUAUUUAGCCUUCGAUAAAGCUCUAAAGUUCAAUUUAAAUAACCCUUCUUCUGCUUGUCUCAAAUUGACCCUUGAUGAGCCGGGACUUUACCAAUGUACGAGUGUUCGAGGGUGUGUAAAUUGUGCUGGCAUGCACCUAAAUGUGGAGUGGAAGCUUGAAAAAAAACAAGUGCAGAACCGUUUUUACGAGAAAAGGAGAGGUUUGGGAGUUUUUCUGGCUUAUUGCAUCAUAAGCCAUGGGUAUACGUAG